CACUGCGGAGUGUUGGGAACGCGUUUCCAUGGUAAUCAUUACUGUGUCCAUCCUGCAGAAGCGACGAUGUCUGCCUGCGGGGAGCCAACCUACACUUUCCACUACCUUUUCCAAAAAAGCUUUCCAGUACUGGAGAACAGAGAUACCCGAAACCGCCUCCGCAAAUGGUCCAUGGAUGGGAGAAUCACUGCACAGGCAUUCAGCUUUGAUCAGAAUCUCAAAGACUAUCAGCGGGAUGAUUUUAUUAUGGCCUUUUUUAAUCACCCAGAUGUUAACAGCAAUUUGAAAUUGCUUUCAGCUUCUGGACAGUGGACUGCAUUAGAUAGAAGUGUGAGAAAAGUCGAUGUCAAAAAUAUUCUGUGUACACAAGUUUCCAUGUCAUUUUUUGAUCGAUUGUACUGUGAAGGGGUUGUUCGAGAAAAUGGAAGUAUUGUAAAGUGUUUUGAUGAAUACCAUGAUGAGAUUCUCAUUGCUGAUGCGUUAAGAAAGGUUCUUCUUCAGGAAGAUUCAGACCACUAUGACUUAUUCAGCCAUUUGGACCGUGAGGAAUUUCUCUUCUGUCUUUUUAAGCACCUUUGCCUUGGAGGAGCUCUUUGUCAAUAUGAAGAUGAACUUGGUCCAUACUUAGAAACAACAAAGGCUUUAUAUAAAGAUCUAGUGAGUGUUCAAAAGGAUCCUGAAACUACAGAAAUAAACAUAAUAUCUACCGUUUUUAAAGUCUGCGCUUACGAUGCUCAUGGCCUUUGUUAUCCUUCAUCCAAGAUCCAUGAACAGAAUUUUGCCUAUUUGAUUGUGAAUCCUUUGAAACGACACAUCUAUGUGUUGAACCAUUCUUUUGGUGGAACUUUGUUCGAUAAUUGACUGGUCUUGGCUUCUCAGUUAUAUUUGAUUAAUAGAAGGACUCUUUUAAAAAUAUAUAUAGAUUUGUCAGGAUUCUGUUCUUUACAGUGAAAUCUCUGUUGCCCACACAUUAAGCACUGAUAAUGAUUUUGCAUGCAUGCUAUUUGUAUUAAUGUUAAAAACUGUAUGUCCAUACCAAUAUAAGUAGAAUAUAUUAUCUGAGUUUUGGUAUUGCUAAAUUGACUAAUGUUCAGCCCUUAUAAAACAUUCUUUGUUCUUUAAACUAGGUUAUUGUAUUGAUAUUUUCUAUU